GGCUGUAGAUGAAGACAAUCCGCCUCAGCCAAUCAGAAGAGCGCUUACUGGUCGCGAGCAGCAACGGACACGCGUUUCAACAGAACUCACAGGCGUCAAAACAUUAGAGGCUUUAAAAUGAUGAAUUUGGGUGAUGGCCUGUUGUUGGAACUGGAGAAUGGCAUGCCCAGGCUUGUUCUGGCUAAGUAUGGUGCUGAAUCAAAGUCUUUUAAUAAGAAGGGCUCUUGUCGGAUUCCUCCAAGAAAAACAACGCACAAAAUCAUCAACUCCAAACAAGGUCCUCCUCAACCAGACAAAGCCAAACAGGAAAAAAGAAGCAAAAACACACCAGCUGUUAGUUCUGUUGGGCAGAAUAUCACACACGGAUCCAGAAUGACCACUGCCAAGUGCAGGCCUGAGAGCACGUCCAGCGAGGCUGUGAGAGUCCAGUCGGACAGCAGCAGGAAUGAUUCUUGCAUAGUCACCCGGCAGAAAGAGAGUGUGGUGUGUAUGACACAGGAGCAGUUUCAGCAGAUACUGAGCACCAUCAGCAGAUCAACCGCUGCAAAUGCACAGCAUGAUUCGGACACACGCACCCACAAAGCAGAACCUGUGGCCAGCUCAGAGGAAAACUGUCCUGGAACUACAGGAAGAGCUGAAGAGUUGAUCCUGGACGACCAUAAUUACAGACACAGAGCGUCACAAGUAAAGACAGACAGACAGUUUCUCUCAGAUGAGCAGCAGUCAGGAUUGUUCAGCACAUUUGGAGAAAGGGAAAGAGAGCGAGACAAACUGGAAGCCAGAAAAGCUCAGUGGAGGAGAGAGCUAGAUGAGCAGAUGGCUCUAAAGAGGCAGCAAAAAGCCAGUCUCAAAGAUCCGAAAGCUCACAAUGAAUCAUGUGAAGUGAGGCUGCAAGAUCUGCCUGACACAGACGGAUCGAGCACACAAGCUGCUGUUCAGACACAGCCAGAGCUUCCUGCUGCCAUCCGCUCUGUCUUUAUAGUGGGGGAAGCAGCUCCUGUGGAGGACAUGUUCAAUGCUCAGAGACAGGAGCAGCAGAGACGCUGGUUACAGGAACUGGACAAGCAGAGAGAGGAGGCCAAACUACGCCGACAACACGACAAAGAGAUCAACAGCCAGGCUGAGGACAUCGAGCGGUGGGCCGUUCAUUUUGACUCUCUUCAUCAGCCCUCAGCUGUGGGCCCCGAGCGAAGGGUGCCUGACGUGAGCAGCUGUCUGUCACAUCAUCGCUCCGUCUCUGGAGCGCUGUCCACUGCAUGGGACGGCAUGAGUGCGUUUGGAGGAGACAGUCUGGGCAGGACCAGUGUUGACAACACUCAGGGAAACCAACAGAGAUCCAGUUAUCUUCGCACAAUGACAGCUUUGCUGGACCCUACUCAGAUCGAGGAGCGAGAACGGCGAAAACUCAAACAGCUUGAGCACCAGCGAGCAAUCGAGGCUCAGGUAGAGGAGCGCAGACAUCAGAAAGAGAAAGAGGAGGCCGUACGGAGAGCACAGGAACAAGAAGAGGAGAGGAGGGUUGAAAGAGAGCGAGAACGACUCCAGCAGCAGUAUAUGAAGGACACGGAGCAACAGAGACACAGAGAGGAGGUGCAUUCACGUAAAACAGAGGAGCUGUAUCUGAGCAUUCAAAGAGCCCAAGAGGACGCUCUUAAAGACAAACACAUCCAGAGAAUCAGAGACCUGGCAAAGAAAGGCCACAAUGUAUCCAAACUGCUGCGCAGCCUGGAAGGAGACUCUGUCUCACAGGCCCUCAGCAGUGAAGAUUUACCUGGUAAAUCAGCCAUGCCGCAGAGUCAGACCCAGAGAACGACACCUCCUUCCACAACAUCUCCAAGAAAAGACACCGCUGUUCAGACAGAGAUCAGUCCUCCGCCUGUGAAUGAGACCAUUAGAGAUGCAGAUAAACAAUCUCCCAGUGCUGCAGGAACAUGCACAGCUCCUCCAAACGGCAAGAAAUCCCAUCAAGGUGAGGUAAAAGCAUCUGAAAAGAGCCACAGCAGAGAGCAUAUGUGUGCUGCUCUGAAAGAAGUAAGAGCGGACCCUCAUGAGCCUUACACACGGACCGGCAGGAACCACAGACUCGAAACAAGGCCAGAGUGGAACACACAGAGACCCAGUAAAGCAUUCGUCCCGGCGUCUGACCGGUACCCUGAAGCCCUACAGAGACACAGGCAGGAGAGCAGGAGACAGAGGCAGAGAGAGCUCAUGACGCUGGUGGAAAGAAACACACGGUCACGAACACCGCAGCAAGAUCUGCUGCCACCAGCAAACAAGUUUAAUAAUCACAAACCUCAAGCACAGAGACUCAGGACGUCUCCACAACUACAGGGUGAAAAUCAACUCCAAGAAGCAUCAGCCUUCAGUGCUGAAAGCAAGGUGACGUCUCCUCCCGUUCCUGCAGUAAAGACCCGUGUGCAACAGCCAUCACAACAGUCCCUUUACCAAAUGACGGAGGAAAUGGGGCACCUGCCGUUAUUAGACUAUGUGCCGUGCAUGCGCACAGACGAGGUUUAUCACAUGGACCUCCUCGCUCCACUGUCCAGACUCUCGACAUAUGAAGCCCAGCAGAGGGUGGACACAGUUAUGAGCGGCUACAGGGAGGCGCCGCCUUGGGUCCAGAAUGACCUCCACCCUACUAAAAGCACUGAACAACAGCAGGCCAUCCUGAAGGGUCUGUCCGAGCUGAGACAGGGUCUGCUGCAGAGACAAAGAGAGCUCGAAACCAGUCUAAACCCCGCACUGCAAACACAACACAGAAACCACUUCUCACCUUUUUGACCUGUGUGAUCCAGAGCUGCUUCCAAAAACAAAGACCAAACCUGGUCCAGCACUUUAUACUGUAAGAUGUGAACAAUGGAGCUAUAAACAGAGAUGUUGCUGUCUGACACUUGAAUUAAAUGAAUGGAGUAUCUGUUAGACACUCUUAUCAAGGACUUAUUGUAGAUGUGUAACACAUUUUGAACUGGAAAUCUUGAAUGCGAUGUAGGAAUGAUUAGAUUUUAUGGCUUGAAUGUGAAUUUUACAGUUUUCCCUACAUGUGAAUUAAAUGUAUUUUAACCCUUUUAAAUUAAACUUUAAGUUGCUGAA